AUGUCGCAAAAACCGCGAAAACUUCAGCGCGUCUCCAAGGCCUGCGACUUCUGCAAUAGGCGCAGUAUCAAAUGUGGCAGCAGUGAAGAUCCGCUGGGUCGGUGCCAGAAUUGUGUAGAUUUCGAUGUCCCGUGCACCUUCGAUCGCCCGGCUAAACGCCGGGGCGUCAAGGCCGGUACCCGAGUGAAUGCUCGCGAUACCCCAAUCGCAAAGCCGGUCAUCGACCAACCAGUUGCAAUUGGUCGCGGGAACCCUCCGGAGAGGAUGUCUGGCUCAUCAGCCUCAAGAAGCUCAUUUUACGCUGACUCUGUGUCACGCCCGUCAUUGACAGGGGACCCCUGGUCUUCUUUCAAUACUGGAUGGUCGACGGUUGAAGGAUACGAUGAUGAUGGCGCACUGCGCAAUUCUUGGAAGGCGUUUGCCAUUUCUUGCGACCAACAGAUUCGCAAUCUCGUGCAGGUGUACUUUGAGAUUGUUUAUCCAAUAUUUCCAUUGUUUCAUAAACCAUCAUUUAUAGAAAGAAUUAACAACCAAGAGCAUCUUCAGAGUCAGAGCCUGUUUGCUUCAACAAUGGCGGUCUGCUCAUUGGUAUCUGGUCGCGCCCGCGAUGGAGCAUUGUACACCAAUCGGUGGCAUCGGGAGGAGCUGUCAGAGCCGCCUUCGGAGGCCUUCUAUGCAGCAGCCAAAGACUCACUUCCUCGGGACCUUGCAGCCGCAAAGGGCUUCAAUUAUAUGCGUGCUUGUGCAAUACUUGCGAUCGCCAGCAUUCAGAACGGCCAAAUUAAAAAUAUGCAGAAAUACUCUGGCAUGUAUCAUACAUUAACAACCAUGGAGGGGUUUCAUGAUGAGAAGCUCUGGCCGAAAGAUAUCAGUCCUAUCGAGACUGAAGAAAGAAGAAGAUUGUUCUGGUCCAUUUAUACCCUGGACAUCUACUCCACGAUUGUAUGGGGAGGUGUGAUCCGAUACCGGGAAGCCCAUUCUCUCGUUCGAUACCCCAGUGAGGUAGAUGACGAAUUCAUCACUCACCACGGAUACGGCAUACAUCCCGUAUCCCCAGAAGCCGCCCUCAGGCAGGGCCAGGUCCCUGUUGUCUCACGACAACCCGUUUCGUGGAUGCAUGGAUGGAACUUCACCACCGAUCUCUAUCGAAUUCUCGAACACGUUGUUGACGGCACUCGACGCAAGUCUUCCUCCGCUAAUGGCACCCAGGAGGUGUGGUCUCUGUUCAGCCCAGCAUCCAUGUCGGAGCCGAUAGUCAUGGAACGAGUGCUUUCCAUGUAUGCUGCACUACCCCCGCAAUUUCGAGAGACGCCGCCAACCACCGGCGAUGGGACCCACGACCUGUUCGGUUUUCAAUCUGCAAACAUCCAGGCGACUUUGCAGCUUCUCCGGAUGGUUCUUUUGUCGUCAGAAGAGGUCGGGGUGGACAGGAAGUGCGACGUAGCCGGUGAGCUGCUGAGUGUGUUUUCCAAAGUGCCGGUGGAGUAUUUGAGAGCCAUCAGCUCCCCUCUGCUUCAUCACUUGGGAGGAAUUGGAUACAUUCUCGGCUCGGUCAUGGAAGGCAGUUUAUCAGAUGUAUCAUACCAACGCGUCCGUACCUUACUCCUUGACAUGGCCAGUCUUCUCCACCGUCUGGAAGUUGGUCUCCACCGAGCAGCCGGUGCUAGCGAACGUCUCCGCUCUCAGGUGGACCGAAUAGAUGGCUACAUGCGAACUUCACGAUUGGUCAAUCCCUCGGUCAUUCCCCCUCAAAUGAAUGCGGCGAACGGUACUCCUACCCCAGUCGACGUAAAGCCUGUGCCUUCCCCAGUGUAUACAGCUGCAACACAACCGAUUGGACCGACAGGAUCAAUGGAUAAACAGAUGAUGCAGUUCCAAUUGCCGCCGGAACUGCUGGCAGGCUGGCCGUGGCCACUAGAUAAUUCUCAUUCCGAGGGCUUCUUGCCACUGGCCUUUGAAUGA